AUGGCGUUUGUGCCAUGGGACGCGAGCCUCCCAGGCACCAUCGGUGGCUCGCCAGGCAGACCAGUGGCGUGUAGCCGGCGCCAGGCCGCGCCUCGCGGCGCCAGGGACGGUGGCGUGGGGCUGCUCGCCCUGGGAGCCGCCGGUGCGGUGGUUGGCCGCAGAGCGCCGGCCAGAGGCCGAGGCAGAGAGGGAGCUCAGCGGCCUCGAGGCGAGGAGAGCUACCGCAGGCCAUCGAGAGGCCCUCCGGGACGAGACCGAGGCGCUGAGAGCUAUGACCGCAGGCCGAGCGGCACGAGACCGGGACGAGACCGAGGCGAGGAGAUGUUGGAUCGCAGGCCGACCCAGAAGCAGCCAGGCGAGACGCUACUGUGGGGUGGGGUGGAGGUGACGGGCGCCGCGGUGAAGUGGCUCAAGGCGCAGGAAGAGAUGUCCAAAGGGUUCCGGCCAUCGCCCAUCCAAGAGUCCGCCAUGGCGCGGAUCUACAACGGCGAGUCCUGUGCGAUCCAAGCGCCGACGGGCACGGGCAAGACCUUGUGCUAUCUGCUGCCAAUGCUGCAGCGAUUCAGCAAGGAGGCGGCGCAGGCCCCCGUGCGGGGCUUGCGCUUCCUGAUUUUGGUGCCCUCCGCGGCCUUGCAGAUCCAGACAGCAGCUCUUGCGAGAGCUUUGCUGGGGCCACACUUGGCGGAAAACGUGACGCUGAUGCGCCGCGACGUGGACACCACUUCGACGCCCAGCAACAUCGUGAUAGCAACACCUCGGCAGAUCCGCGAUUUGCUGCAGACUCCUUUGACGCAGACCGCGUGGACGAGAGCCAUCGCCAAUGUGGACAUGGUGGUGGUGGAUGAAGCCGACCGCCUGGUCAACAAAUGGAACCUGCACCAAAGGCGAGUGCGGCAGAGGCAAGACAAGGAGGACCCUGCGGUCAUGGUGCUGCGCAUGAUCGAGGAGGAGACGACCAAGGAGAAUCGGCGGGAGGAGUGGCAGCUGGUGGCGGCGAGUGCCACAAUGAGUCGCCGCACCAACCGGAAUUUGAAGUUCAGCGCGGGCAUUGACCUCACGUUGAUCCGCAGCCCCGGGAGCUUGCACUGGCAGGCGCCGGACAAGCCGAAAAUUGGCCAGUACGGAGAUGGGAGUACCAGCUGGCCUGCUGGCCUGCGCCACCGCGUGCGCGUGCCCAACCCCUUCCGGUUCCCGAAGGUCAUGUCGGUGGCGGCCCAGACCAUUGUAGAGCUCCAGGCAAGGCGUGUGCUCGUUGUGCUUGCAACCACUGGAGAGCGAGGGAAAGCACCAAAGAGCGUGUAUGGGCUGAACCUGGUCUUGGGCCAGCUGAAUUUCCGAUUGCAGGAGUACGGGCCGGGCCAGUAUGAAGUGCUGACUUGCAGAGAGGCCAUCGACGAAGCGGCCAAGCUGUGGUCGCCAGAAGGCAGCGCCCAGCGCACGCAGCGGCGGCCCGGGUGCCAGGUCGUGGUGGCCAACUGCGAGGCGAUCCGCGGCAUCCAUUUGGACAACGUGGAUGCUGUGGUGCUCUUGGGAGAUCCAUCGAGCGUGGCAGACUACCUGCACUGCGUGGGCCGCACCUGCCGCUACCAGCCCGGGGCCGCGGAGCCGGUGGAGGGCACGGCGGUGUCCAUCGUCAACGACCAGGCGGCCACCCGGCUGCUGCACUGGGGCACCCUUUCUGGCUUUAAGUUGGUCGAGGUGCCUUUGAGGACGCACCUCACCACCGGCGGGCCAGCAGCGAGCUUCUGGCUGCAGACGAGACCUCCUAGCAAAGAGAGAGAAGAGGAGGAUGAUUUGGAGGAGCUCUCCGAAGAGGAUUUCUUCCUGCGAGAGCUGGAGCUGAAAGACCUGGAGCGCAGCAAGGCGCCGCUCGCUAAGACGCGGAGAUUCAAAGGCGUCACCAAGCUGCAGGACCACGCCGCACGCAACUGCGAUCACGUGGGCAUCAGCAGGACCUUGAAGAUGACCUCCUUGAGCGCGGGAGUGGCGGUGGCGCGGAGCGGCACGUCUGGUGACGCGGGAGAUGACUUACGUUUUUUAGGGGAUUUUGUGAGCCCCAUGCCGCUCUACAUCUCCGGGUGGAGCCCGCAACCACAGGUGCAACUUACUGCUCGCCCGAGGAGUACUGGGCAUGGGUCGAGUUCGAGGAGGCAAAGGCACAGGUUCUGGGGCGUGGCGUGUGCGGCAGCGCUAUCUAUGCCUGUGACAUUCCAGGCACAGAGGAGAAGAGCAGAUCGGAGCACGGCGCAGGUCGCCGGCAUCUCUGCAGUGGUAAAAGCGGGCUACGACGGCCUGCUGCUUGAUCAAUACGGCGUUCUUCACGAUGGAAAGCGGCUCUUGCCCGACACCUUGGACUGUUUAGCCGAGCUCCGGCAACGGAAGGUGGCGCUGGCCAUCGUCUCCAACUCCCCCUGCGAGGCGCAGAAGGCCCAGAGCCGGGUGGAGGACUUAGGCCUCAGACCCGAGGACUUUGUGUCCUUCGUGACCUCCGGGGACCUGGCGAAGCGACAUCUGCAGCUCCUUAUCUCCGAAGCUGCGCCGGCGCGACUGCGGUGCCUCUUUAUCUCCCACGAGGAUCAUCUACAGCGAGGCACUUGGUCGCCAGAGGAGUUGAGGAUCAUGGGCCUCGAGUUGGUCGCCUCAGCGCAGGACGCCGAUUUCAUCCUCGCCAACGGGGUGCAGGUCUGCAAUAAGGGCACGCUGAGCGAGCAGCGCUCGACCUUCGAGUCGGACGCCAGCUGGGAGGUCUUCGGCAGCGUCUUGCAGCAGGCCGCGGAGCUGCAGCGCCCGCUGAUCAUCGCGAAUCCCGACUGCGUCGUUCAUCGGGCGGAUGGCACGGCCUUCAAUUGCCCCGGCUGCUUUGCCAAGAAGUACACAGCCUUCGGGGGCAGUCGCCUCUUCGUCUUCGGCAAGCCAGGCCGCGAUAUUUUUCGAGAAGCCGCCGCCGCGCUGAAAACUGCGGGGGCCAAGCAUAUCUGUCAUGUCGGCGAUUCUCUUGUCCACGAUGUGGGCGGUGCAGCAGCCGCAGGCUUCGAUUCAGUGCUCGUCAAAGGGGGCAUCCACGCGGCGGAGCUGCAGCAACACUCGAUCUCCGAGUUAUGCGUCCGCAAGGCGGUUCCGAUGCCCAACUUUUCGGUGCCCCGUUUCCGCUGGUAGCGCGCCUCUCGAGUCCGGCUCGCCGCGUGGAAUCGUCGAAUCGCUUCGUCAGGCCGGGUUCGGUCAGACCGGUCAGAUCUCCGGUGCCAUCCACUCAGGCA